CUUUCAAGUAUAUUCUACAUAUUUAGACGUAAACAUUCAAUAUAAUAUUAUGAGCAUUGGAGCAUAAAUAUGUUAAUUAAUAUGUUAUGUUAUUUUGUUAAUUUGAGCGAGAGAUUAGGAACGUAGGCCGCGCGUCGUAUGGUGGUGGUUUCCUACAGGAAGAUAAUAGUAGACGGACAGGCUGGUUACUGAAGUCUGAGGGUGGCUUUGUUUUGAUGAGUUUCUCGCAGACGUUUGCCACAAAAUGAAGAGUUUUAAAGUGUUUCCCGGCUGUGUGUGUUUCAUCCUCGUAUUCACUUUUCGACUGGUGUGCGGCGACAUUACGGACGGCAACGCGGAGCACCUAAAAAGGGAGCACUCGUUAAUGAAACCUUACCAAGGUGUGGGCACCAGCCCGUCCAGCCAGUGGGACUUCUCUGGUAGCACCUUGGUGACCAGCUCGUACGUGAGACUCACCCCGGAUGAGAGGAGCAAGCAGGGAUCCAUCUGGAAUACUGUGCCUUGUUACCUCAAAGACUGGGAGAUGCACGUCCACUUCAAAGUCCACGGGCUUGGCAAGAAGAAUCUCCACGGCGACGGCAUCGCUCUCUGGUACACUAAAGACAAAGUCCAUCCUGGGCCCGUCUUCUCCGACAAUGCGCUCUUCCACGGCCUGGCGGUUUUUAUCGAUACGUACUCUAACGACGACUCGGCCGAUCGUUCCUUCCCGUACGUGUCGGCCAUGGUGAACAACGGCUCGCUGAGCUACGACCACGGCAAAGAUGGACGGUCGUCGGAGCUGGGCGGUUGCUCGGCCGAGAUCCGCAACAGAGAGAGCGACACCUACCUCGCCAUCCGCUACUCCAAAAGCCGACUGACCGUGAUGCUGGAUGUGGACGACAAGAACGAGUGGAAAGAGUGCAUCGAUAUCGGAGGCGUUCGUCUGCCAACCGGAUAUUAUUUUGGCGCCUCUGCGGCCACGGGGGACCUUUCAGUACCGCAGUACUACCAGACUACUGCACUUCCAAAACAUGCAGUUACACAACAUCAUGUCUGCAAAAUGUCCUUGAGACAGCGCCUUCUGCUGAUUCAUACUUUCUUCCCUGCUGAUAGUGCAGGCUGUGUUUUACUGCCUGCGACACGUUCUAAAAAUAUCAUUAAAAAACAUCAAAAAUUACAAAUCUGCAGUCGCUUUACAAGAAUAAAGUCAAAUAUUAUUUUACACGAUAUAAUACGAGCUAAAGUGGUCAUCCAACAACAAAAAGGUGUAAUUGUACGGGAAUAAGAGGAUAAAUAACGUCAUUCUAGAAGUUUCAGAAGUUGUAAUAUUAAUUAAAGGGGACCUGUUAUAGUCAUUUUCGGGCCUUUUGUAUUAAAUUGUGGACUCCUAUAGAGCAGCUACACACGAUAAACGCACAGAAAUCUUUUGAGAUCUUCCAGACUUCCUCUUCCUGCAGCGUUUCCUGCCUCCCGCCCAAAUGCUCUGUGUAAUUUACUCCACCCCCAGCCCUCCUCCAGGUAUGCCUCCCUCCGAGCCCACUCCGCUGUGUCCCAAGCGCUGCCAAGGACUUUCGGACAGCUGCCAAACCCCUUUUGUCUGAUGACUUACACAAAAUAAAGACAGUUAGGACACUGAUAAAUUGUUACUUGCAGUUUGCUCUUCUGACUCUUCAACACGACCGAGUAACGUUGGAAAGGCGUUGGACAACAGUUUGGCGGGUAGGCCGGCAUGGUAUCGGCUCGUGUUCACAAAACAGUUCCGUGUGAAGUGCCGUUGACAGAUGAGCUUAUUUUUCUCUUGCUGGCCGUGAAUCAGCAACUCCAACCACUUCUGCCUGAUGCUUGCCUCUUUAGCCUUUGUCUUUUAUUAUUAUUUAGUUUUAAUGGUUUUAUUUUUUUUAGUUUUUUAAUUUAAUUUACUUAGUUAUUUUUUACCUACUUCUUGGAUUUUUUGCUUUUAUUGUUUUUACUUUUUUAAAAAAUUUUUACUGUUGUACAUUUCUUUGUUUUUAUUUAAUCUUUUAGUUUUUACUGUAGUAAUUUUUACUUUUACGUAUUAUUUCUGGUUUUGCUAGUCUGUGCAGCACUUUGGAAACAGUGGGCCUCAUUCACGAACAUCUUCUUAAAAGUCUUCUUAAGAACUUUACUUAAGAAGGCGCGAGUUGGAAACUGCACCUCAUUUACGACACGUUCUUAAGUAGGGAUAAUCGUUCGCACCGGUGUUCUUAGGUUGAUGAAUGCCAACUGCGAUGCCCGUGCAUGUGAGUCCUAAUUUGCAUAGGUCACCGCCUAUUAUAUAAGGUAAAAAAUGUGCCGUGCGCAACAGGCAGCUGGAGGCAGAGAUGGCAACGCACAGGGGCAAGACUGAGGAGCAGCUGGACAACAAACGAAAGAAAAACUUCAAUUGUACUGAAAUAGAGGUGCUUUUACAAGGAGUGAGCGAACACAAGACCACCUUAUUUUCACGUGUAUCCACCGGUCAUCAGGCCAUCCAAAAAGUGUCGGCAUGGAGCACCAUUGCAGGAAUUAUAAAUGCCGUUUCCACGGAGAAACGCACCACCGCAGAGGUUAAAAAGAACUGUUUUGACUUAAAAUAGACUCAAAAAAAAGAUUGGACUGCACCGGAGGGAUCUGGAGGAAACGGGAGGUGGGUCAUCAAUCAGAAACCAAACCAUUUCGGAAACUUUAGAAAAUAUUUACACAAUCAUGAUGGAAAAAUAAAGUAAAAAAUACAUAGUUUGUGUGUGACAAUUUAUUUUUUCUGUGGUUACAUUUAAUUAGAUGCUGCCUAAUUAAUACAGCAGCCCCGUGCUCUGGCUCAAGACGUGGCUGGGGGCGCAUGUCGUUAUCUGGGGGUGCUACGUGCGCAAUAGGCACACCACGUUUCAUUGCGAUGAGAGAGGGAAGCCUGAAGCGGGACAUCAAAUAUUUGUGGCUUUCAGCAAAUAAAUCUAAUGGUCCCUUUACAUUCUCUCUCUGCGCAGCGCACGUCCAGCAAGCCUUUUUUUUUUUGAUGAAUUGGGAUUUGAAUAUAUAUUUAUCGAUGGAGUAUAUUUUAGUUGUUUUUAUGAUAAAUGAUUGUUGGGAUAUUUUAUUUGCACUACAUUUUUUGGGAUCAGGUUGCAAAAUCCAUCAUGAGGGCGAUUACGCAUUGAAAGUGCAAGCUUUGCUUGUGCGUAAGAGUCCUCCUGAGCGUUCGUAGAAUUUGUUCUUAGAUCUAAGAACUGUGAGUUAAGAACACGUUUCGUGAAUGCCAAAAAUCUUUGUAAGAAGGCUUUAAGAACACAUUUGUGCGUAAGAACGUUUCGUGAAUGAGGCCCAGUGUUUAUAAAACGUGCUAUAUAAAUAAAGUGGAGAUUGGAUUGGAUAGGAACACCCCCACAAACACUUCCUGGGAGCCAUACGUGCUAACACCGUCAACACAUCAGAACGAAGCAGGGCGGGGGGAGGGCAGGCCUACAGUGUUUGCUUGGGCAUGCCCAUAUAAGGAAGUCCGGGUUGCGUUGAUGUCAGUGGAAGUCGGUGUUAAAAAAAUGUUGCUAAAACACAGCUUUAGCGUGCAGAGCCAUCCAAAACUGCUUUCAGGUCUCACUUCCAAAUGUGCAAACCCGAUUAUCUGACACGUUGGCAUCGUUCAACACGAGAAUACAACAUUGUAACAACAUUUCUAUGUCAGGAAGAGGAAAAGCAUCAUAGGUUCCUUUAAAAAAAAAAAUGACAAAUAAUAAAUCAAAUAAGGUUGGAAGUUUUUCAAAUGAGGAUGUGGGAAUAGUUAGAAAGUCAAAUUAUUAUGGGAAUAAAGUUGCAAUGAGUUGCAAGAAGAAAAUUGACAACAGCAAAUUUGUUUAAUGUUGGAAAAUUAAACAGCAGAAAUGAAAAAAAAGCUAUAAUUUUACGAGAAUAACGUCAAAACAUUAAUGAAAAAAUGAUAUUCUAAGAAUAAAGUCACAAUUUUAAGGGGAUAAAUUGGUAAUAUUAUGAGGAAAAAUGUCAUAUUAGUAGCAUAGAGUUGAAAUAUUAAAGAAAAAAAAGUUUAAGCAAUAUGAGAAACUAAUAAAAUAAAAUAAAGUUGUCAUUUUUUAAAAUUAGGUUGGAAGAAAAACAAUAAUAUAGGAAUAAAGUCAAAAUAUUAUGGGAAUGAUGUCAUAACACUACAAGAAGAAAAUGUAUUUGAAAAAACGUGAGCAGAACAAAUUCAAAAAUAAGAGAAAAUCUUGUAUUCUAUCACACAUGACAACAUUCAAGGGAAAAAGUAGAAAUAUGACAAUAAAGUGGGAAUAUGAGGAAAAAUAAUUCCAUUUUAGUAGCAUUUGGUUGAAAUAUUAAAGAAAAAAUUCUAAUGAUUAAAGUCACAAUAUUUUGAGAAACAAACAGAACAAAAGUAGUAUAUUUUGAGAAACAAGGACCUGAACUGCACGGCGGCCGAGUGGUUAGCAUGUUGGCCACACUGGGUUGGAAUCUCCCUUGGGCAUCUCUGUGUGGAGUUGGCAUGUUCUCCCCGUGCGUGCGUGGGUUUCUCCGGGUACUCGGGUUUCCUUCCCUUCCAAAAACAUGUUAGGUUAUUUGGAGGCUCUAAAAGAAAGAAAGUUGAAAUAGUUGGGGAAAAAAAACAUGAGCAGAAAUACGAAAAAAAAGUGGCAAUUUCCAUCCAUCCAUUUUCUUCCGCUUGUCCGGGUCCGGGUUGUGGGGGCAGCAGUCUCAGUACUGGGAGGACACCAAGGCGUUCCCAGGCCAGCUGUGAGACAUAAUCCCUCCAGCGUGUCAUAGGUCUGCCCCGGGGCCUUCUCCUGGCUGGAACACCUCACCAGGGAGGCAUCAGGACUAGAUGCCCGAGCCCCCUCAACUAGCUCCUCUCCAUGUCAAGGAGCAGCGCCUCUACUCUGAGCCCCUCCCGGAUGACUGAGCAUAGGGGGAGUCCAGCCACCCUAUGGAGGAAACUCAUUUCAGUCGCUUGUAUCCGCCAUCUCCUUCUUUCGAUCACGACCCAAAGCUCAUGACCAUAGGUGAGGGUGGGAACAUAGAUGGGGGGGCGUAAAUGGAGAGCUUUGCCUUCCGGCUCAGCUCUCUCGUCACCACGACUGUCCGGUACAGCGACUGCAUUACUGCAGACGCUGAUCCGCCUGUCGACCUCACGCUCCGACCUUCUCUCACUCGUGAACAAGACCCUGAGAUACUUGAACUCCUCCACUUGGGGCAGGACCUCAUUCCCAACCCACCCUUUUCCCACUGAGAACCAUGGCUCGAAUUUGGUGGUGCUGCGUCUCAUCCCAGAAGCUUCACACUCAGCAGGCCCCCGUCCCCACUGUAUGGUUUGCCAGAACCCCUUCGAGGCUGACCGUAAGUCGUGCUCCAUGGCUUCACCGAACUCCUCCCAAACCUGAGUUUUUGCCUGGACCACCACUGAAGCUUCCUGUCAGCAGCUUCAGGAGUCCCACAAGCCAUCCAUGCUGGAUCGGACUCCUCCUUAAGCUUGACAGCAGCCCUGACCUCUGCUGGUGGCCAUUUUACACGAAUGAACUGGUCAUCUUAGCAGCAUGGAGCUGCAAUAUUAUGAGAAACUAAACUAAGUAAGGUUGGACAUUUUGGGAAUGUAGGUUGGGGAAAAGGUUAGACCAGGGGUCACCAACGUGGUGCCCGUGGGCACCAGGUAGCCCCCCCACGACCAUAUGAGGCGCCCGCAGGCCUGCUUUUCAUUCAGGUGUUCAGUUAAUAACGUGAGAACACUAGAAAGAAAAGUAUUCUGAAACAUAAAAUGUGAGUUGUGGAUACCAGCAUCUUGUGAAUGUUUUGGUAAAACCAGCAUAUUUGAUUUGUUUGGGUUGAAAUAAGCUAUGAAAAUCAUUUCUACAAAAACGAGUAGCUCGUGUCCAUUUUCAUUUUCUAAAAGUAGCUCUCGCAAGAAAAAACGUUGGUGACCCCUGCUGUAGACAAACCUAUUAUGGGAAUAAAGUCCAACUAUGAAAGCCAUGACUGAUG